AAAUAGAUAAGACAACCAGAGGCCACUGUUGACCAGGAACGACGAUUUAGUUUGCUUCUUGUAUGAAUUGAUGCCAAUGUAUAUGUAUGCAUUAUUUAGGUUUCUAAUAUAGAGCUAUAAGCCUUACUUCUUGCUGUCUUUCGCAUCUUUGAUGAUGAAUGAAUGAAAUUAAGAGCUAAGAUGGAUGCAACUGGUUUUCACUCCGUUGAGAGAAGAUUUAAAGCGCUGAAUAGCUUCACAGCACCGGCCUCUCGUUCUCGCCUUCAUUCACCGACAAGCAGCGACAGAACGACAGACGGAUUUGCGAAUCAAGGUGUUCUAGCAGACACACCGCAAGUUGCCAUAGUUAGUCCGGGCAUGCGCAAGCUUGAAGAGAGAAUGAACUUGGUGCAGCCUGUAGAUGAUGUGCCCGUGACACCAGAUAGUGUUGGUAGUCCACUGGGAAGUUUGUCACUCAAAGAAAAAGCAAAGUGGGAGCCACUACUUCGAUCCAAAGACGAACUGCUGCAACAAAAGGACUUGAUUAUUGCAAGGCAACGGAAAGUAAUUGAGAGAUUGCAACUUGAAAGUCAAGAAAUGGAAAGUCAGUUAAACAGAGCUUACAUGGCAGCUUCACAGGAUGACAUGUUGACGAUACAGUUGCAGGAGCAUCAGUGUGAGCUGGCAUCUCUGAAAGCUAGUCUAUCCGAUGUCCAUUUGGGAAGAAAGCGAGAUGUACGAGAACUGCACAGAAAACUGGGAGAAGCUGAACAUGAGUAUGAGAAAUUGAAGCAAGUCUUAGAAACCACAAGUCAAUCUAUGUCAACUGACAUUGCCGCAUUGAGAAGCAGUUUGAAGGAGAAAGAAGAAGCUUUCGAGUCCAUGGCAACUUCCAACCAACAAAUGUCAAUUUCAUUGAAAGAAGCAGAAGAUAUGCACAGUCGAUAUCAGUCUUACGUCUCCCAGCUUCCAACUGCAGAAGAACAUGAAAGGAUAAAACAAGAGGUUGUAAGAUUGGGAUCACAGUGUGAGAACUUGCAGCAAAUUAUCAUUCGACAGGAAGCAGAUCUCAAACAUUCUGAAUGCCAGCAAGCUGCAAGGGAAACAGAACAACAAAAGUUGCAGAAGCAGGUUGAUGCUCUUUUGGCACACAGGAGGAGUAGAAGCAGUAAUGAAAUGCUGGGAAACGUUCAUGAUUUAGAGGAAAUUGCUGAAUGUUCUACAAUUGAAGCAGAACGAGAUCACUUACUGAAGGCACUUCAAGACACUAAAACAAAAAGUAAGCUGCACAUUGAAGAUAUGAAGCAGCGAUUCAAAGAAAGGUAUACAGAAGCUACCAAUAUGCUAAAAUCACAACUACAGAAGAUUUUCCAGCAGUGCAAGAGUUUGGAACAAAGAUUGCAACAGGAAGAAGAUACUGUAACAGCAUUGAGAACCUCACUAGCAACAGCUGAAGAGGAACUGGUUAAGACGAAGGCUACAUUAAGAACACUUACGGACAACAACCAGGAACUUCUUGACAAGACUUUGACCUUGCAAGAUCAACUAACGCUGCGCACAAGUCAUGCUGAUGACUGUGCACGUGAUCUCCAGUCUGCAGCAAUGAAAUUGCAAUCACUAAUGAAGUCCUCUAUACAAGAUUUGAGAGAUCUUGUUAACUGUGGAAUGGAGGUUGCAGAUGGACGGGACCCCAAUCUAAAUAUGCUGCUAGGAACAGACAUGCUUUCAGGAUCAUUACCAAGUGAGAGUCAUCUGUUAGAAGAAUCUGAUCCUAUUACUGGGGUCCAGAUGUUGAUUGGCACCGUUGACCAUUUGCAGCGAGACAUCGAAUCACUAAGAACUUAUAUUAGAGAUGCUUAUGCAGAGCGAAUGGGCAGAACAGCAGUGUGUGCUGUGCAGUAGCAUGUCGAUAUGGUAGAUGAAAAGAGCUUGAAAUGUGACUUUACUUACUAUUCAAAAGCAGUGAAUUGGAAGUAUCUAUAAGUACAGUACUGCAGACAGAAA